AUAAAUGGUAACGACCCUCCGGUGUCCCAGAGUUUGGCAGUCCUUAUGUCCGGAAGUCGUCGUUGACGGCAAGAGAAAUGGUCAGUCGCCCCGCGUUUUGUCUCCUCUUGUUGUCUUUUCAAUCCCUAGCAAUAGCUGCAUUUGACGCGUCGGACCUCCUCUUUCCUUCUUCUUCUUCUUCACUGGCCGAUGAACCCUCCCCUGAGGCUUCCCCUUCCUCUGAUCAUCAUUUCUUAAAGGAUGUAUUGAAGUUGAUUUCGUUGAGGCAGAGCUGGGAUUUGGACGAAAUUAGGGUUUCUAAUUUGGAUGUUGGAAAGGCAAGGAUUGGGAGUGCUCAGAGAUAUGAAUUUCGGCUCCGAGUGGGGAAGAGUGACCUGCUGUUCAAAUUUCCCGAUGAGGUGGAUUCGUGGAGAAAACUUAGAAAAACAGGUGAAUUUAAAUCCUUGGUCAGUGAAGUUAGUUCGGAGACUCUGCUUAAUCCAUUCAAGUUGGAGGGACCGUUUGAACUAAGAGUUGGCGGGGAUGACGAUCUUUCGCUGGUAUUGCCGAUAAACAUAACACGUACUGGUUUGAAACGAGUGCUAGUUGGUGAAGGCAUUACAGUUGAGGUAGAAGGGGCUCAGGAAGUAUCCCUUUUUCACAGAACUCGUCUCAGCUUGCCUCUUAAUGGAAGUAUGAGGAUGAGUGAGCAUAGAAGUCAAUUUUGGCCCUUGAGUCACUCUUUGUGCAUGCCAUUACUUCCUAUACGGAUUUUGGGGUCUGCAUCACUAGUUGCAUACAGGACUCGUAACCCCAGUGCCUACAUUGAAAUUGCUUUCCCUUCCCAGGACAUGAUUGAGUUGUUGCCAGAGAAGUGUUAUGGCAAAUAUUACUACAAGAAGCGGGCCUGCCCAAUUGAGUCCAUGAGUCCAAGGCUAGCUGUACUGGAAAAACUCAUGAGGAGCUUUUUAGGUGACAGCAUGAUUCGGAGUGAGGUUUCGGGUUCCCUCAAAGCCAAAGUUAUAGCGUCAACAGUAGUCAGCUUCCGAUUGGAACUGGAAAGAGAUGUAAAGCGCAAAGACACACUCUUGGGUACCUUAGCAGAAUGGAAAACAAAGCCUACAGUUGAACGGGCUUGGUUUGAAGUAGUGGGAAGAGUGGAAACAGAGAGGUUGAAGCCGAUUGUGGUAAAAAAGGUGAGGCCUUUCAUAGCUACAGAUUCUGCCACAUGGAGUAAUCUAAUGUCAAAUAUUUCCUUUACAAAGUUCCCAUCUGUUCUUGUCCCUCCAGAGGCUCUAACAUUAGAUGUGAAGUGGUAAAAGAGGAAAUACUUGUUUUAUUAUACUGGAGACGGUCACAGCGAUA